UUUAUGUUUGUUAUAUGAAAUGGAAGCUGCAUUUCUACAAAAUUAACCAAUUUAAAUCAAUUAUUAAACUUUUAGUGUAUGCUGAUGUGUUGUUGUUGUUGCUAAUCUCCAUGGUCUGACUACGUCAGACCAAAUCCAAAAAUCCGUUGACAAGAAGAAAGUCAAAAACGAGGAAGGGAGAAGAAUAAAUUUCUCCCCAAUGAAAUCCUAGACAGUCCAGAAUAUGUUCAGCAGAGGCCUUAUGCUGGCAGCAUUUCGGGCAAAGAGGGUAAAACUUUUCACCCUGAGAAAAGAAAAGACAUUUAAGGUGGCCACUGGCAAGGCGCGACAGAUAAAAAGAACUCAGUAUGUCCAAUGUCGAGAAUGCCAAUGAAAUCAUUGAAGAAACUAGAAAUUUAGAAUUAUAUGAUCCUGAUGAUCCUGAAUAUCAGAAACAGUUAUGGAGGCCUCCUGAUAUUGAACAAGAUGUUAAAGAAAUGGAACGACGAAAACGUGUAGAGAUAAUAAUGAACAGCCAAGUAUUUCGUGAAGAGCUUGAGCGUAUCAUCGAGUCUCAAAUGAGUGAAGGAUAUGUGCAGGCCGAUCUUGCAGCACUACAACAAGUUACUGAGUUGCUUCUGCCUCACACAUCUAGAACUACUACAACCUCAGUUAGGUCUGGUUCUUGUGUAAUUCCAAUCAACGAUAUUCGGGGAGUCGAUGGAUUACGAUAUGCGAAAGGAGAAAAGAUUUUGCGAUCUAAGCUGGCUGCUGUGUACAGAUUAAUUGAUUUGUAUGGAUGGGCAGAGAGUAUGUUUAAUAACAUAACAGUGCGUGUUAGUCAAGAUCAGGAGCAUUUUCUAUGCCAUCCAUAUGGUUUACAAUAUCAUGAAAUUACUGCUUCAUCUCUUUUGAAAGUGGAUAUGCAAGGGAAUGUUAUUGAUCCAGGCACUACUAAUUACACAUUCAACAGAUCAGGAUUUGCUCUUCAUUCAGCUAUUCAUGCUGCAAGACCAGACUUGAAAUGUAUAAUACAAGUUCAUCAUCCUCCAUGUAUUGCAAUUUCAGCUACAAAAUGUGGUUUGUUGCCUAUCAGUCCAGAAGCUGCCAUUCUUGGUGAAAUAAGUUACUGUGAUUUUCAUGGAACACCAACUACUCAAGAAGAAAGAGAGCAGUUAUCUCGCACUUUAGGACCAGUAAAUAAGGUUCUGAUUUUGAGGAACCGUGGUAUGCUGAUAUGUGGCGAAUCCAUAGAAGAAACACUUUUUAUGCUACACAAGGCAGUAGCAGCUUGUGAAACCCAGGUGAGAUUAAUGCCUAUAGGUAUUGAUAACAUUCAAUUAAUGUCCGAGGCUGCCAUUAAGCACGAGAGAGAAAUAGUGAAAUCUGGUGGCUAUCCACCUGAAUUCAAAGAUGAUGAGCCACCUGGUGGUGAUGAAGAUAAAGAACGAGCUGAGCCCAAGGAGAAAGUAAAAAAAUGGAGGAUUUGGGAUCUUGAGUUUGAAGCUUUAAUGAGAAUGUUGGACAAUGCGGGCUUUCGAACUGGCUACACUUUCAAACAACCUAUGGUUCGUACUGAUCAAGUUCGAGUAAAGAAUGAUGUAGAAGUGCCACCUUCAGCUUCUUCAUAUAGUCAAUAUUAUGGAGAAGAUAAGUGGCUGAGCCCCUUAAAGAAACUUGUAGAGGGUCGUAAAACUCAAGAUAAGCUGCGUUGGGUCAACUCUCCAAAUGUUUAUCAGAAAGUAGAAGUUCUGGAAACUGGAACUCCAGACCCAAAGAAAAUUACUAAGUGGGUACAGGAAGGUUCUCCAUCUCACAGCACAUCUGUCAAAAUUCAGUCACCUCACCAGUUCAUUCCAAUUUCUAAUGACAUUGGAGAAUUUAAACGCAAACAGAAAGAGCUAAAAGCAAACAGAUUAAAGUCAAAAGUUACUGCCGGCCCACAGUCUAAUAUUUUGGAAGGUGUUACCUGGGAAGAAAUUCGUAAAAUGCAGGAUGCUGUUAAUGCUUCUGGAGACCAAGUUGUGCUUGUUGGCGCUGCUUCGAAAGGUAUAAUACAACGAGAAUUUCAACAUAAUGCUAUGGUAUAUAAGAGUGCAUAUUCAAAGAAUCCAUUUGACAAUAUAUCAGAGCAAGAACUAGAGGAAUAUAGAAAACUUGUAGAACGGAAACAGCGAGGAGAAUUAAUUGAAGAAGAUGUUCCUGAUGAUAUUAAACCACUUUUGAUGGAACCUGUUGCUGAACCAUCAAAGCCUGAACCACCACAACCGCCCACUUCUAAAUCUCCGCCCUCAUCCCCAGCCAAAAGUAAAGAUUCUGAUAAUGUUGCUGUUCAACGGGCAUUAGCUGAGCAAGGUAGAACUUUACCCAACUCAGUUGAAUCUAUUGAAAAGAAGCCAAAUUUCUUCAAACGCACAUUUUCUGAAAGAAAACCCAAGAAGUCUGCACAAGUAGUUAAUGGACAGAAAAUGCGUUCAUUAGAAAGUGGAGAUGUUUCAAUAGCAUCACAAAGUAGUAAAGAGGGCUCUCCCACAAAAGAUUUAAGUGAAAGUUCAUCAAGAAAAGAAAAAGAAAAGGAGAAAGAGAAGAAGAAGAAGGGUGGAAUUAAAGCUCCAUCAUUUUUGAAGUCCAAGAAAAAGCACAAAAAAGAAAAGCAAGAAAAAGGAUCUACUGAUAUAUAGUAAAAAGAUAUUUUUUAGAUUGCAUUAACAAGUGAGAAGGAUGAUGUUUAUUUCAAGUGUGCAUACUUUCAUUGAGUCUGCGUGCUACGCUUCAAUAGCGCUUUUUUAUAGAUACAAUAUUUCAUAUUUAUGUGCAUUGUUGCUGAGUUUACAUUUGUAUUUGUUGAACUUUCACUUAGAUAUUAAUUUUUUCAUAAGACAAGCUUCUUGAGAAAGUUUUAUAUGCAUUUUAAUUGAUUGUAGGUUGUAUUUUUCAAAGUUUGUUCCAUGACUUCUAUACAAAUUAAGAUUCUUUAUAUCUAAAACUGAAUUUUUUUAUUUAAUUUCUUAAAUGCUGGACAUUGUUAUGGAGAUAAUCAUACUUUCUCCUAUGAAAAUCAGUUUUUUAAACCGUUGUUGAUGAUUUUUUUUUAAAAAAGCACAAUUUAUUCUAUCAUCUCUUCCUCAUCCUUUUGGAGGGGGGAAAAGUCACAUUAUUAUAUUCUAAUGUUUUUUAAUGGAGCAGUUUGAGUUUUUAAAGUUUUAAGAACAUUAUGCAAUUUAUAGAUUAAAUUGUGCUGAUAUUUUAUCUUAAUUCCAAGCAAUUGUAGCUGUUGCUUUCUGCUGUGUGCUAAAUUUUACUGUUUGCUGAAAAUUUUAAAUUGUAAUUUUUACUAUAUAAAUGCCUUGAUAUAAAAUCUAUUAAUUUGUAUCCAGAAUAGAAUUUAGAUUUUUUUAAAAAAGUAUGUGAAUCACAUCUUCCUGUUGCUUGUGAAUUUAAAGGAAAACAAUAAUAAUGCUUCCAUGAAAAUUAUCUUUAGAACUGAGACAUUGAAUAAGAUCAGAAUUAAAUGACAUAUUUUAUUUGUUUUAUACAUAUUAGCAAGCUAGGCAUACACAUAAAAUUUAUUCCUAUUCAAAAUUUUAUUUGGAAAUUAAAUGUUUGUUAAGAACUGUAGGAUUUUUGUUUUACUUUUUUUGUGAUUUUAAAUUUCUGAAUGAAGUUAGGGAAAAGAAAUAUGCAUAUAAAUAAAAUUAUAUUUGUUUCCUAAAGGUUAAAUUUUUCCUCACAGGUUUGUUUCCUCUAUGAUUAAUUCAAUGUCUAGUUUAUAAAAAUAAUUUUCAGACUUUGCUGAUUUAUUUUCAUUUAAUCUUAAGCACUCACAUUUGUAUCGAUUAAAAAAGAAACAUCUCACUGUAUGCACCCUUCUGUUUUAAAUGUGAAAUUAACAUUUUUUUUCUAUCAUAAUAUGAUUUUACCAGUCAAAUUUCAAUGAUAUAGAUCUACAUUUAUAAACAGUUUUUGAUUGUUUCUUUUAAUUGUCUUCUAAGUACUUAACAUUGUUUUCCUCUUGAUUCUAUUUCUAAUGUAAUUGUGUUUAUAUACUAACAGUAUUUUAUAUACAUCUAGAUUUUUUUAUAUUUAAUUAUUUUGGAUUUAACCAUUAUCACUACAUUAUUUUCUCCUAUUAUUACAUCAUAUUCUUCUGGUUGCUGCUAUUGCAUUUUUUUUUUACGAAUAUUUAUUGUUGCUUCAUUCUAGUCAAAGCUAUUUUUUGUUUUUAACUGUCCAGUGAUUUUUUUCCCUCUUAAUUAUUCAUUGAUUUUAAAAAUUAUCCUAUGCUUAACAAUUUUUACUUUUUGGAGUGUGUAUUUUCUUAUCUGAAAUUCUUUGUUCUGUUGUUGAUAGUAUUUGUAACUCCAAUAAUUUGAUUACUGUAGGCUUGCUUCUUAAUGAUCCUAGUGGGACCAUUACAGAAUAGAAUAGAUAACAUAAAAUAUCAUGUGCUGUUAAAAUGAAUGUGUAGAAGAUAAUUGGAGUCUUUUUUUUAUAUACAAAGUUUCUUUGUACACAUUUAAAAUGCUUCUGUGUGGCAAGCCUACUGUUUUUGUGAUUUAAAUUAUUCCCAAUUUUGCUCAAAGUAAUGUGGUGUUGAAAGUAAAAGAACAAAAUUUCAGUCCAUUUAUCAAUAAUUUUUUUUUUUAUUAAAAACUUGGUGGGGACUUUAUAUAGUUUUGGAAAAUUUGAUAUAAUUUAUUUUUUGGUACUGAUUUGUGAUCCUGUCAUUAAAAAAUUGUUUGAAUACAGGAACAGGUUCCAUAUUAAAAAAAAAGAGAAAACCACUGCCAUUGAAGAAAAGAAAAGCAAUUUACACGGAACAUUUUACACUUCCAUGGAAAUGUUUCUAUAUUAGAUUCUUUAGCAGAAUUGCUAUCUGGAAUCGAUUUGCUGUUAUUGCAUAUGCAUAUAUAUGCUAACAUAUUUGAAAAAUUAAUUUGUAUGUUACUUCUAACUUACAAAUUUAAAUAGAUAUUUUCUAUUAAAAAACAUUUUCAUGGAACUGUAUAUUAGUACUUUUGUAGCUAUUGUAUAGUUUUUAUAUAAGAUAACUACAGUUUCCUUGCCUAAAAAUUUGGUCAUUUUUUGGCUUCGGGGCAAGUUAUUUAUUGCAAGUAAUACUCUGAUGCUGCUUCAUAAUUUUUUAAACCUCAGAUUUACUGAAUAACACCACAAUUAAAAUAUUUACUGUUUUUGUAGUGAAUGCCAAAUAAAAAUUGGAAUGUGUUUGAUAUUUUAAAAUUUAGUUUAUUAAUGUGUUAAUUAUCAUUUAUUCAGUAAAUGCUUAUGCUAUUUAUUGAAACUAUUAUAAACUAUAAAGUUAGAUUCUAAUUUUAAAAGGUAUUCAAUAAUGUUUUUAUUUAGCAAAUAUAUCUAGUUCUUAGCUUUUUUUUUUAAUUAUCAUUUUCUAAUUGGCAUUGACGAAUUCUAUUUUACGUUGCAUCAUAUAAAAAAUUUGUUGAUCUGUUUAACUCAGAAAGAAUGUAUCCCAUCUCACCAACCCUUUUUCAUUGCUUCACUUUUUUUAAUGAAAAGCUCAUGAAAGUUUCUGUUUAUCUAUGCAUAUAUUGUAUUAAAAUAUAAUUUCUAAUAAAUAUUUCGAUAAUUACCUGUUCAAAACUCUACUUUGUGAGAGUUUUUAAGUGACUAGGUAAUAUCGUUAUAUUAGAAAUUAUGCAGUAACAUAUGCAUUAGUACUAUUGUGAAAUAGUGUUUUUAAGCAUUGCAUUUUAAUUAUUAUGUAUGCUUUUCAUGCAAUGCUAUGCUUUUUUUGUUAACUUUCUGUGCUUUUUUCCCCUUACUCUCAUUUUGAUUUACUGUAUUCUGAAAGUUUUUUUUAUUUAUUUAUUCAUAAAAUAAUUAACAAGAAUCUAAUAGAAUUUGCACAUAACAGAAUUUCGUAAACUGACUCGUAUUUCAAAACACAAAUGCUAAGAGCUAAUAUAUUGCGAAAAAGUGCUUUUCCCUGAUAUAUCAUGCACAUAAUUUAAUUCAGUACAAAAUAAAAUUUUCAUCUUGAAGUACUUUGAUACUGAAAUAAUUUCUGUACACUGCCAAGCAAAUUAGAAAAACUACAUCUUAAUAACUUAUUUAACUUUUCUGAGCAUUCAUGUAUAAAUAAGUUGUUACAUUAUUUAUAAUUCUCUUUGCAGAAGUUCUUUUCCUUUUUUUAUACAUUUUCAUUUUCAGUACAUGAUUUAGAGAAUUUAAUGUAUAUAUAUAUAAUUAACAUAUUUUAAAUAAAAUUGCAAGUGGAAAGUUUAUUGAAUAUUGCCUGUGGAUUCGGGAAUUUUGUUCAUCUUCCACUGCAAUUUAUAUUUUUUAGUUCCUACUUAUGAAAAACAUUGACAUAAAAUGGUUGAAAUGUGUAAAUAUUUACUUUUAACAAUUAUUUACAUUGAUUUAUUAGCUUAAAGGCAUCUCUAACAUGCUUUUAAAGCAUGUUAUUUACGGAGUGUUUGAUUUUCUAAUCUUAUUUUCAAAUGUUUCAUUGUGCAGCCUCAUGACAUUUGGUUAUGAAAUGUAUUAUAAUAAUUAUAGCAACUAAAUAUUUAUUUAUGUUUUGUUUCCAUCUUUGAUUUUUUUACUAGCUUUUUAUUAACUGGUUCUGAUUUUUUUUUCCAUUAAAUGAAAUGAAUUAUAAAUGUUGCUAUUAUAUGCAUUUUUUUUUUUUUUUUUGAAGAAAACUAUUCUUCUACAGCAUAUUACAAUUUUUUUUUUCAGUAGCUCAUCAAUGCAUUUGCUGUUAAAGCAGUUUUGUUCUCAAUAGCCAGAAAGAAAAUAACUAUAAAUAAACAAAUUUAUUUAUAA